AAACAAGCAAAUAAACGCACGUAAUUGACGACGUGUUACAUAAUUUAUAUCGACUUGUAUCCCAUAUCAGAUAAUUUACAAGGACGGAACGUACGAAAUUUAGUUUCGAUUUAAAGGAGCGGAAUUGCUGAAUAUUCAUGCUCAGUUUGAAGGGUGAGGGCCGACAUCCGUCAGGACAGAAGUUGAUGCUAUCUACAACGCGUUUGGAAAUUAGCUAAGACGGUCGGUCGUGCGUACGGUGCAUAAUCCUCGGGAACAAUCUAAUUAAUCGAACCCGAUAAUUGGGACGUAACGAAAUUGAGAGAAGACAAUUGUUGCAGAAUGAAUAAAGUACUUAAUCUACUGGGAGUCUCGCAUUCCAACGAGCCCGAUCCCGAAACUGGAUUGACCCGAAAGGAAAAACAUCUAGUAGAACGGUCAUGGAACUUAGUCAAAACGAACCUUAAAGCAAACGGAAUGGAACUCUUCCUGCUACUAUUCAAGGAGUGUCCUGAGGCGCAGAAUUAUUUCCCAUUCCGCGACAUACCCUUGGACGAAUUGCCCAACAACGGCAAAUUCAAAGCUCACGCGGUUACGGUCAUGUAUUCGAUUGGAUCAAUCGUCGAUAACCUAAACGAGAACGACGUCUUAAUCGGACUUCUUCAGAAGAACGCGGAAUCGCACUCAAAAAGAGGAAUACCCGAAGAGGCCUACUGGACGUUGAAGAAGUGCAUGAUGCAACUGCUCAAAAAUAAGCUUGGGCCCGACUUUUCCAAGGAAGUGGAGGAGGCCUGGGACAAGACGUUAACCGUUGCGUUUACGGUUAUAAUUAAAAAUUUUUAAGAUUUACGUGAUAUUUGCGUAAAUGACAAUCGCACACUCGUUGUUGUAGUCUAUAGUUUUUUAAGUCAUGUUUAUACUUUUAACCUAUUUGUUGUCCAAGUACUGUUUACAGUAGUCAUAUAGAUUUUAAAUUAAUGUUAUACCUAUACUCGUAAUAGAGUAAGUUGGUCUUAUUAAUUUGUAGGUAUCUAUGGUAAUAUACUUGUUAGUCGCAAGAUACUUACAAAAUGAUAUAGUCGUUAGUUAUAAUUUAGUACAUUUUAAGAUUAUGCAGACAGCCACCCUUCAUGGGUGAUGCAGGAUAGUUCUUUGUACCUAUACAACUUGAUCUGUGCGUGAAAUCAGUUGAAGUUAAUCUGUAUUUAUAUAUGCCAUCUCAAUUAAGUUUCUUUUGGUUCAUCUUAUUCUGUCGCCAGUCUUUUGAUUUUCAAUGUAUUUUAUUAUGUCAAUUGAAUUACAGCAAACAUCAAGAACGAAGGAUAGAAACGUUGCUGUUUAACGAUGUUCCUUUUGCUAAACUAUUAAUUGCGGUUUGUGUUUUAGACAUAUUUUCGACUGAUCAGUCGGCUUUAUUAAUUUUAUAUAAUUGGAUUUAGAUCUGUACACAAGAAAUAAGUAAGUAAAUAAUAUUAAUUCCUUAUA